AUUAUCUGAGCUCUCUCUGAGGGGAGCGUCUAAGACGCUGGGAAGGAAAUCAUUCUUCUCGUGAAUGCGACACGGUCUCCAGUUUCCACAUGCUGAGAUUAUACUUCCUCAUCAGUUUGAUGUGCUUGGUGAGAUCAGACACAGAUGAAACAUGUCUUUCAUUUACCAAACUCAGCUUUCACAGUGCAGUGGUUGGAACAGGACUAAAUGUGAAGUUGAUGCUCUACACAAGGAGAAACCCAACCUGCGCACAAGCCGUCAACUCCACAGUUUUGGGGAACUUGAACGUGACCAAGAAAACCACCUUCAUUGUCCAUGGAUUCAGGCCGACAGGCUCUCCUCCAGUUUGGAUGGAGGACUUGGUAGAGGGUUUGCUCUCAGUAGAAGACAUGAACGUGGUUGUUGUUGACUGGAAUCGAGGAGCUACAACUGUAAUAUACAACCACGCCUCUAGUAAGACCAGAAAAGUAGCAAUAGUCUUGAAGGAGUUUAUCGACCAAAUGCUGGCAGAAGGAGCUUCUCUGGACGACAUUUACAUGAUUGGAGUAAGUCUAGGAGCCCACGUCGCUGGGUUUGUUGGAAAGAAGUAUGAUGGCCAGCUGGGGAGAAUUACAGGUCUGGACCCCGCGGGCCCUUUAUUCAGUGGGAAACCUCCAGAAGACAGAUUAAAUCCCGGUGACGCGCAGUUUAUUGAUGUCAUCCAUUCCGACACUGACGCACUGGGCUACAAGGAACCAUUAGGAAACAUAGACUUCUACCCAAAUGGAGGAUUGGAUCAACCUGGUUGCCCCAAGACAAUAUUCGGAGGAAUGCAGUACUUUAAGUGUGACCACCAGAGGUCCAUGUACCUGUACCUUUCUUCCCUGAGAGAGAACUGCAGCAUCACCGCGUAUCCCUGUGACUCCUAUCGGGAUUAUAGGAACGGCAAGUGUGUCAACUGUGGCGUAUCACAGACGGAGCCCUGUCCCCUUCUGGGCUAUUAUGCUGAUAAUUGGAAAGACUACUUAAGGAAGAGGGACCCUCCUAUGAUUAAAGCAUUCUUUGACACAGCCGAGGAGAAACCCUUCUGCAUAUAUCAUUACUUUGUGGAUAUUAUAACUUGGAACAAGAACGUAAGAAGAGGAUCCAUUACAAUCAAGUUGAGAGACAAAGCUGGAAACACCACAGAAUCCAAAAUCAAUCAGGCCAUGAAAACUGAAGUUCAAGGUUACCAAGUUUCAGAAAAGACCAACAAAAGUGAACCCGCAACAUUUCAUAAAUACCACCAAGUGAGUCUGCUUGCAAGAUUCAAUCAAGAUCUGGAUCAAGUGGCAGCCAUUUCCUUGAUGUUCUCCACGGGAUCUGUAAUAGGCCCGAGGUACAAGCUCAGGAUUCUCCGAAUGAAGUUAAGGUCACUUGCCCAUCCAGAGAGGCCCCAGCUGUGUCGGUAUGAUCUUGUAUUGAUGGAAAACGUUGAAACAGUCUUCCAACCUAUUCUUUGCCCAGAGUUGUAAAGGUAAACUAUUGUCAGGACCCCCAGGUACCAGCAACAUCAAUGCUACAGCUACAGGAUUUUUAAAGCUUCACCUCCCCUUCUCCUCAAGGCACAAAAAGCACGGAACAACCAGGUUUUAUUUAUUUACUUUUUUCCCUCUAGUAAUGUCCUGUGGAUGUCACAUUGCAAAAUGUCAAAUGACUUUGGAUUAUGAAACAGCCCUGGGAAGGGAGCCCCUAAGUAGGGCAAGUCAGAAAUAUCCAGGCUCCCCGGCGGCCCAGCACCUUGUUAGGUUGUGUCCUGGGGCCUCAUUUGUUCCGACUUGUCAAUUCUGCUGCCUGUCAGUUGGGCAGUUCUACCCAUCACAGUGGCCGGCCAAGCAACUUAAAGGGAAGGACUGGCUGGAGACCUCACUUUGGACUCACCCCCACGUUCCCUAUGCCAGCUCCCUGCAGACUCUGCACAGAGAAGGAGUGGAAACCAGCCUACCUCACAGGGCUCUUGGGUGGGUUUGGGAGGCAAGGCUGUGAAGGGUUCUUUGAAAUCCUCUGGGUGCCACAUCUGUGAGUGGCUUGAUACGUGUGAAUAUGCUUUUAUUUAUUUUGAUAUGGUUUAUCUAAUAUGGAAUAAGAGAGCUUCUCCUUAUCAACACCAGCUUCUCUCUCCGGCUAUUUGCUCUGGAAAGGCAGGAAAGCCACACCCCUGGCUUCCUGCCAUGUUUAAAGUGGGGUUGGGGCAGGAGGAGGUGGGGACAGACCAACAGCCAAGAGGGCAGCUGCUGGGACUAGACGGUAAGUGCAUGAGGGAAGAAGGGCAGAUGAAGCAGUGGGGCAGCCUUGCUCACAGGCACAAGGGGUGGGGCGAGAGGCAGGAGAGGAAAAGCAGAGCUUGUUUUUCACUUAAGGUGAAGAAGCAUCACUUUAUACGCAACCCUCAUUUUAAGCAGUACUUAGGAAACGUUUUGUUUUUCUUUAUUACCACUGUAAUCUGUCACUAUUGAAGGAAAUUUAGAAAACACACAGAUGCAAAAUGAAAAUAUGCUAUCCAUAACCCCACUUGUUGGAGGUUAUUAACCUUAACCUUUUGGAGCGAUGCUGAAUAAAUACAUUCACAUGUUUUGCUAACGUAAAUUCAAAGCACUUACCGGUUUGCUCUUGGAGCACCUGAAGCUUCCAGUUUGAGGAAUUCUCAGGCUUCCCUAGGAAGAGGUGGGAUCCAUGAAUCUGGAAUGACAACAGCAGCCAAGUCAAGAGGCCCCUGAGGUCCAAAGUCGGAGAGGUCAGAACCACCAGAAGAUGGUCCUUGAGGUCAGAUGCCCAGGGCGGAGACAGAGCCAAAGGAGCAGACACCACCUAUCCCCCAGCUGUGGCCACUGCAGAAAGGUUCCUGGGAUUCCAGAGUCACAGGUCCAUGAACCUCCUCCCCAUCCAGGUGACUGCUCCUCCACUGCUUUCUGUGUGAACAGCCUUAUUUUAAAGAAACACACUCUCUUUCAUAAAUGAUGGAACUCUGUAAAUAUAA